AUCAGUGAAAAUGGCGAGCUGGUGUGUACGAGCUGUGAGACAGAGUUACGCUCUUGUAGCCUCCCCUUCAUUACCUCGGGCUUGCCCACGUCUACUUUGCACAGCAGCCCAGCAGAAGGCUAACGGAAAAGGUUCCGAGGAGGAGAAUGGGGCUCAGAAACCAGAAGUCAGUCCAGCAGAGAAAGCCCUCUCCGAAGAAAAGGCAAAAUUAGAGGAACAGCUUAAAGAAGUUACGGAUAAAUACAAGCGAGCUUUGGCAGACACUGAGAACCUGAGGCAGAGGAGUCAGAAGAUGGUGGAUGAUGCUAAACUUUAUGGAAUUCAAGGAUUCUGCAAAGACCUUCUGGAGGUAGCAGACAUUUUGGAAAAAGCGACGGAGAGUGUGCCUAAAGAAGAAGUGACCUCAGAGAACCCUCACUUGAAGAACCUGUAUGACGGCCUGGUCAUGACGGAAGUUCAGAUCCAGAAGGUUUUUACCAAACACGGCCUGGUGAAACUCAACCCCGCUGACCAGAAGUUUGACCCCUACGAGCACGAAGCUCUCUUCCAUGCGCCCGUCGAGGGCAAAGAGCCCGGCACGGUCGCCGUAGUGACCAAGGUGGGCUACAAGCUGCACGGGCGCACCCUCAGGCCAGCCCUGGUGGGCGUGGUCAAAGCGCCCUAACAGAUUCUACCUGUUACCAUGACGACGUGUUGUUGCCUGGGCAACAGAUUGGCUCCGGUCUGAGCAUGCUAAUCACAGCACCCCUCAUGUUUUAGAGAGCCUCAAAGAGGCGGGAAUCCAAUAUUCAAUAUCUAAAUAUCCAGAUUAUGGACACUACCCAGACUGACUGACUGAUCUUGGAGUAAAUAAAUAAUACGGAAAUUUAUGUAAACAUAUUGUUGGAGUCUAUUUAAAGAGUGCAGUUAGUGAAGUGUCAAGUGGUGAAAAAGAACAUACAGUCUACUGUUGAAGACACUUAGGCUCAUUUAUUCUCUUCAGUUUUCAGUCUUUGCGCUAACUUUUAUCUAGGUUACAUAUUCAGUGGUGUUAUGGAGAACAGUUUUGAAAGAAACAGUGCUUUUGAAAAAUGACUGCUGUGUGCUUUUUACCACGACACUUGUUGACACUCUUAAAAUAAGCUCGUUAACUGUCGCAGUUUACCAAGACCUGUCAUAAUGUAUUCCAGAAUGGUCAACAUGGCCUGAUUCCAACAUGUUUCUUUUUUGGAGGGAAUUUCCAGUAAGACUAAGUGAAUUAUGUUGAUGCAAGUUUCCCAUGUGGUAUGUGUAAUCUUGGUCUGUCAAACACACCUUUGGAAUGACAAACCCAUUUGUUUCUCUAACAUGUUAGGGAAAUGCACUUGGCUACUCUUUUUCUUUAUUGUUUCACAGACAGCUGAGUUGUCAAGUGGGCUUGAUAAUCAAACAGCUAAACUCAAACGAGAAAGCAUUUUGAUAAUAAAAUUAUAAGCCUCCAUGUAAUCUGAAGCAUAGUGAACAAACAUGAUCUGUUCUCUUCAACACUUAGCUGUAAGGAUCCAAGCCUUUGUAUUACUGGAAGGUCCUCUCUAUUUUUUUUCUUUUUUGAUGCAUCAAUUACAUUACGUUUCUUGUCCUCACAGUGAGAGUCUGUGUAUAAAUUUUCAUAAUAAAACGUAAAUUAAAUGG